GAACUGUCAUUUCAGAAAAAUUGUCUGUAUAACCUUGAUUUUGAUCUGGAUUUGAUGUCUUGUGACCCAGACCUCUGGGAUACUGCAAACCAGACUUUUUCAGGGGCAAACUUGAAGACAGAACCUCAAUCACCAGCUAAUUCAACUUUUUCAGUCCCUUCACCAUCAUCAUCAGUGGACUCUUCAGCACAACAUGUGCCUGAAGACUUGGACUUCAGCUCCAGCUCCCAGAUGUCUCCCCUUUCUCUUUAUGGCAAGAGCUCCACAAGUCCCUCAUCCCCUGAUGGCCAGAAUGAGAAAAAGCUUGUUGCCAAUGCCACACUCCGGUCCGCCAAUAGCUCUGCAAAGGCACCAAAGCGAUGUAAUCAGGCAUCAAAACUUUCCAUUCAGCCCAAGCCUCUCUUGCUGCCUGCUGUACUUGAGACUCAGACCAACAUUGGUUUACCGGCUAAAGCCAUCAUUAUUCAGACCCUUCCAACACUUCUGCCACUGCCAAAGCAGCAGCCAGUGGUUAGCAUCCAGCCAGCCCCUCCAAAAGGUCAGCCAGUGAUGCUUUCUCAGACCGCUAUGGCACAGCUUCAGACUCCUGCAGUUCUCCCUGCCUCCCAGCCAGUUAUUGCUGUCACUGGAGGUACCUCCCAACUUCACAGCUGCACCAUGAACAUGCUUCCACAAGCUUCAGGAAACACUUCAGGGAGUGGAAAAAUAGCAGUCACUAAACCUCUUCUCCAAACCACCACACCAGCUACAGGCAUGGAUCUUAACGUCUUAAGGAGACAGCAACGCAUGAUCAAAAACCGGGAGUCAGCCUGUCAGUCGCGGAAGAAGAAGAAGGAAUACAUGUUGGGGCUGGAGGCCAGGCUGAAGGCAGCUUUGGUGGAAAAUGAACGGCUCAAGAGAGAGAAUGGCUCACUGAAGAGGCAGCUGGAUGAGGGGGUAUUAGAGAACCAGAAGCUCAAAGAUUACUCUCCAAAGAAAAGAGCUGUGUGUGUGGCAGUGAUAUUUGUCCUCGUAGUGCUGAACUGUGGCCCACUGAGUUUGCUCGAAAGAGACUCCAGUGGAGCUGAUCCCAACCUGAGUGCUACUUACCGGAACAGACACCUGCUGGAGUUCUCAGCUAGCCAGAAGCUUGACACAGCUCAGAAAACUCCUGACAGCAUCAUUGCUAAGAGCAGUGAUAGGUCUGAACAUUCUGUUUCUGAUAACAAAGCCCUAAUGGUUUUAACGGAAGACCCAUUAUUAUAUAUUUCUCCACCACCCUGUAAACCAUUGAUCAACCGGACGGAGUCUCUCAGGUUAAAUCAUGAACUUCGAGGGUGGGUUCAUAGACAUGAAGUGGAAAGGACACGUUCUAGACAAUUGUCAAAAAACCAGCAGCAAAAAGCACAGGUUGUCCAGAGCUCCCCUAGGGAGAAUGCAGAUUCACAGCUGAUGGCCGUGCCAUACACAGAUACAAGUGUCAGCCGGAACUCGGGGAAUGAGCUGCAAGUAUACUAUGCCUCUCCAAGGAGUUACCAAGAUUUUCUUGAAGCUAUUGACAGAAGGGAAGAUACAUUCUAUGUGGUGUCAUUUCGUAGAGAUCACCUACUGCUGCCAGCCACCACCCAUAAUAAGACUAGAAGGCCAAAGAUGUCUAUCGUAUUGCCAGCAAUAAACAUCAAGGAGAAUGUAAUUAAUGGACCGGACUACGAGGUCAUGAUGCAAAUAGACUGCGAAGUGAUGGACACCAGGAUUCUGCACAUCAAGAGUUCAUCUAUACCUCCCUACCUGCGAGAACAACAAAGAAAUCAGACUGAUACCCUCUACAGCUCUUCUCCCACUGUCCCAGAGGCAGCCCACACCAUAAGAGCACUUGUUGAAUCACUGCAGUAGCACCUAAGCACUUCAGAACUGUGGUCACCAGACCUCAAAAGGAAGCAAGCUCAUGUGGUACUACAGUUACACCCCUCCUCACCAUUACUACUGUGGGGUAAAGAGCUGGGCAUUGCUCAGCACCAUGAUUCUUCUGCCUGAUCUAGCCCUUCUAUAGUCUGGCAGUACCUGGGAUCCUGGGAUCUGGAAGGCUCUGCCUGAAUAUUACUCCAGCUGUGACAUUACCCCUUGAAUGUAACCUUUGACCAGAGCCCUUUCCUGCAUGGUCUCCUCAGCUUGGGCAGUGUUUAAGCCUUUGGUGCUUCUUAACUGGUCUCUUUCCCUGUCAGAUUGAAUUUGUCAGUGAGGUGUCCCAGGGAGGUGUUUGACUCCACGACAGGACUGGCUGCCCUGUCAAAGAGGGAGCUGCUAUCACAGAAAGGACAGAGCAGGAGGAGGAAGGAAGCUGGUUAGGAAGAUACCAGUCUCAGGGAGAGACAAUGUGGUCACAAGGUCAGCAGUAAAGAGAGGGCCUAACCUGCAGCUCACAUGCUGCGCAGUCUCAAGUAACUCAGUCAUUGUGUUUCAGCACUCCUGUGAGUAAAAUGGAGGGUGAUCCCUGCCAUGUCUUGGAAAUUGAGGCAGGUGACUAUAAGGCUCAGUCAGAUAAUCUUCAGAGGGCUCUUGGAUACAUACAGGGAAGACGGAAGCUCUCACCUACAGUAUUGACUUGCUCACAUUUAAACACCUCCACCAACCAGAUGGAAGAGUGGAUAAAGUUAAGUGCCAGGAGCUGAGAAAAGGAGGAGUAGACUGGAAGCUGACACUGCAUGCUGGAUCCCUUUAGUAAGAGAGCUGCAGGUUUCUGUCUGGAAUGGUGCAGCGUGACCAGGCCUACAAGGGGUAUCUGGAAAGCACUGACUAGCAUUGUAGUUCCUUUAAAACCACUAACCACGUUGAAGCUGGAAGGUUCUAUUUUGAUCGUCCUGUCUGAUCUGCUGAACACAGGCCAUAGCGCAGGAGCCAUUUCCACCACCUAACAGAUGUCACCAUUGCAAACUCUCUGCCUGGAUGUCAUGAUCCCAUGACAUCCAGUUCCAUCCAUGUCAUCUAUCCCACCCCGUACAGCUCCUGCAUGCCCAAGCCACUCCUAGCACCGACUGAUACCCCCCCCCACUGGUGAAAGGGAAGUUCUGCCCCUGAGUUCCUGCCUGGGGAAACAUGCUGACGUCCUGUGGGAACUGGUUAGUGUUUCAUAAACAUUGAGCAGGUUCCCUCAGCUCGCUGAGUGCCCUUUGUGCCCAGGCCAAGUACAGUCUCCUUUGAUUAUUCAAUCUCUGAAGAAAGCAAAAAUAUGUACUGUUUAAUAUUUAUGGAAACACACGUGCACAAACACAAAAGACAAAUUUGGGAGAAAUACACAAAAUUUUUCCACAGCAAGGCUCCGUGUGGUCCCCGCAUGAGCCACUGGGUUUUUGUAAAGACAACACACCACCCCUGCACCUAUGCCUUGAGGUACACCAUUAAUGCAUCUCUAGAGCUCAAGAGUGGUAUGCUUGCAGCGCACAGUUCAUUGCUCACCACAGGCAGCUGUCCUGGUAUAAGUCAUUAGUUCAGAAGCAUGCUUGUCCUUGACCUUCCCCUCUUUCUCUCCUCCUCCCCCUGUCCCCUGCCUCCACAGAGAAGUCGCAUCUGGAGAGUCUUAACUGAUGGUACAAUACAGAAGUUGGCCUGAGCAAGAGUGGUCCUGUGCAUGGGACCCAGACCUCCUCACUGUGCAGGCAAAGUCAUCUCCCAGGCCUUUGAGUGCAUGGACUCACUCCAGUGUUUGUCAGUACAGUUCAGUGUACCAUCCAGGAGAGUUUGGCCCUGAUCUCAAUGAGGAAACCUAGUGGAACAAACCAAACAGUUGGAUGAGCCAUUAUGAGAUGUUACUUUUCUAGGAGUUAUGCAUGUGAUAGGAUGUGAAGCAGUCGCAAACUGCAUUUCAGCUUGCAGUACAGACAGAUGAAAAAAGAUCAGGUAGCAGUGACAGAGAAAUGCCAGCAUACAUGCAGCAGGGAAGGGGACCUGUCUGCCAGUUCCUGAGUUACCAACAGAGGUAAACUUCCCCAUAAAAGGCAAUCACCAUCUUGUAUAAAACAGUGGCCUCUUCUCCAGCACUUCAGAUGAGUGUGUGAUGGGAUCCCUCAUUGCUUACAAAUGAGAAGGCCUGAAAUGACAGUGAAUCUGUAUUCCAGUAGCUCCUAGACCUUGUCUAAAGCCCACCAGCCCCUCCAGCUGUGUGAAUGGUAGAGCUGAGGGGAUUAAUUUGACAAGAGGCUGCAGGUUGUUCCUACUUAAGUGGAGUCUUGCAGUUUUGCUAGGCCUCUUAAGAGAGCACAUCCCUGCCCUUUCAAGCUUCCCUUUACAUUUUAGGAUCUUUUUUUGGAUGUUGAGGAGAAUGCCAGAAUGGGCCACCAGGGAAAUCUUCUAUAAACUAACUCAGCUGUAAUCCCAUCUCAGGAGAGAAUCUGCUAGCACGUACAUGAUGGGGGUGCAGUGCAGCCACCUUCUAGGCCAUGGGCCUCUUAGUACUGCAAGCACUGAUGCAGACUGUCUGCAGACUGUCCCCUGAGGGUGGAUACUCCAGCAGUUCCUAAGAAAUAUCUCUUUAAAGAGUUUCUUUUGCCAUCACGAGUCUUCUUUCACCAGUAUUCUUCCCAAGCAAAAUGGUCAAUGAGAUCAGGCGCAUGGCAGGCAGGAGUGCUUUCAUGAAACAGGUGUACACUUCUGAGGAUUGACCUGUGCUCUUUGGUGAUAUUUAAGUGUCUUAGUUAUGAAACUUCUGUUGAGAUCAUCUGUCUGGCUGCCACACUUGGACUAGCAAUCACACUGCAAAAGGCAGUGUUCCUCGAUAUCUGGCAAGAACACCAGGAGCCUAGCUAGUCAUUAAUGUUUAAUGAGAGAAACCACAGCGUUCAAAAAAUUAGUCUGGGCCUCUGGAUCCUAACCAGUUUGUGUUCGUUUGGAGAGACACUUAAGGUAGAAAAACCAUGGUGUCGUCCUGCUUAGAAACAGGCUGUCCCUGGCUUACUAAUACCUCAGCUUAUUACUGUGAACUCUUUGCAAACAUCCAUUUUCUUCAACACUCUGGGUGCGUCUACAUGAGACGCCACUGCGCAGUAGCAUUGGCAGGCACUAACCAUGAUGUGAUGCUGUUGUGCAGUAGUAAUGAGCUACUGCACAGUAGUUUCAGGAAACAAAAAAAUGUGCAGGGACGCUACGGCAUAGUAACAAUUGUGCAGUCUGCCGCUCAUGUAGAUGCAGCCUCUGUGUUCAUCUCUGGCACCUUCACUCCUCCUGAAUGGUGGAAGCCUUGUAUUCUGUUCUGGUUCUCACACAUACCACCUACCAUCCAGGGGAGUGCCUGACUGAUGACUUUUUACUUGCCAACUUGGCCAGCACUGAAGCUCCUAUUUCUGUGACUCUGGGGGAGUAUUUCAAUUACCCUAGGAUGUGUCUGACUUAAAGUACUUUUUAAAUUUUUAUUAUAAUAUUUAUAUUACUUUUUUAAAAAACACUAUUUAAUAAAAUGAAAUCUCAGCUGUGGGCCCGAGGUGAAUCAACACUGUCCACUUCACUCUCCUGUCACCAAGUCCUGAGCACAGAUAUGCAAACCAAAGGUUUGCCCUUGCUCAUGCUCUCUGAGACAGAACAAGAUUUCAGCAUGGACUGCUGAUUUUAUUUUUUGGUAAUUAAUUCAAUCUGUUCUUUCCCAGUUAGUACAAAAGAAUAACAGCUUUGACUUGCUAAACAAAUUCCCUUUCCUUCCCACUACACAGUGUCUGAAAUACUUUACUGCAUUUUUUUUAGUUGUUAGGAAAUACCAUCUACCCUUUAGAAACACAAACAGCUGGGUUAACAAGAAAAAACCCCCAACUUGCAAAAAUUUGCCUUUUGCAACAAUUCUGAAAAGCUCCACCCUUUGCCACGUAUUCAAAUAAGAGCUGCAAAAGCCCCAAUGUCCUGAAGACUAGCACUGCUGGGAAGCAUCAAGGACUACAAGAAGGCUUGGCUGGAGUUUUUGCACUAGUUGUACAUCCCUGGCUCUGGUCCAUCCUGAACACAGACCACGCCACACAAUGGUAAGCAUGCCUGUGCCCCAUAUACAGGCGCAUAGAUCCUUUCUGCUAGCACCGGUAGGACCACCUAGGGCUGGCUUCCUCAGCAAUACUAUGAAAUGGCAACCAGGAUUUCUGAACAGUACUUAGAGAUGCAUGUGCUGGCUAGGCACUGAUGCUGGCUGCCCACACUGUGCACGUCUGUAUAGCACUAGCUUCAGAACAUGCCCUGGGGUCUCAAUCCUGCAGCCAGCUCCACAGGCAGGUCCUGGAAGCCAUGUGGUCCCCACUAAAGCUGAAGAAGGAGGUCACCACAAGAGACAGUGCAGCACAUGUAAAAAAACAACAAAAAAACCGCCUUGUAAAAGGGACACUACAGCAGCAGAGCUGUUUUUAUCCAAUCACUUUCUGUGUCCUAAGGGUCUAAAAGUAUGUUGGAAGGGCAGGGGUUUGGGCUAGGGACAGCAUCUUUUCUUCUUUAAAUGAUCCCGAAAUGGAGAGAUAAACUCACUUUAUUUAAUGCUUGUCAGUCAGGCUUUGUGUCCUGUCAUGGGAAGAAAUAAAGUGAUUUAUAAAAUUUAA